GAAGAGAUUAAGUAAGAGAAAUAUGGAAGCUAAUUACAAAGAGACAAACUCCAUUUCAGCUUCACUUAAAUCUUACCCCAUGAAUGGUGGAGAAGGCCCUUAUAGCUAUGCCAAUAAUUCCAGCUUAUAUCAGAAAAGAGGACUGGAUAUAGCCAAGACAUUUUUAUACGAAGAGAUCACCAAGAAGCUUGACGUGAAGCUGCUUUGUUCUUCUUCAAAUUCCUUCAACAUUGCAGAUUUGGGAUGUUCGGUUGGACCCAACACAUUUCUGACCAUCCAAAAUAUUAUAGAAGCCAUAAAAUUCAAUUUCCAAUCCCAGAACUUGAACCCUAACACCAUAGAAUUUCAAGUCUUUUUCAAUGACCAUACUUUGAAUGAUUUCAACACUCUCUUCAAGUCUCUUCCUUCUGACAGAAACUAUUUUGCUGCUGGUGUGCCUGGCACGUUUCAUGGAAGCUUAUUUCCCAAGGCCUCAUUGCAUUUUGUACACUCUUCUUAUUCGAUUCAAUGGCUCUCUAAAGCUCCGGAUGAAGUUCAAGACCAAGGCUCUCUUGCAUGGAACAAAGGGAGGAUUCUUCAAGAUGGAAGUGAGGAUGUUGAAAAGGCUUAUGCAUCUCAGUUUGCUGAUGAUAUGGUGUCGUUUUUGAGAGCUAGAGCAAUGGAGAUUGUCCCUGGAGGUUUCAUGGCUCUUCUCCUUCCAUGCAUACCACAUGGAGCAAAUCCUUCAAAUUGUUCUUUGAUUGCAAAUUUGGAACUUAUGGGCUCUUGCCUAAUGGACCUCGCCAAGAGGGAGAUGGAGCUAUUGAUACAGAGAAAUGGGUGCUUCAAGAUUGAGAGAAUGGAGCAAAUGGAACGCCCCAUGGGAGACAUAACAAGACCAACUGUCGAGAAGUUUGCGUUGCUUAUGAGAGCUGGAUUUGAAGGGAUUAUUAAGCAACAUUUCGGAAGCCAUGAGUUCAUUGAAGAGCUCUUCAACCAUUACACAGACAAACUCAUCGACCAUGGCCUCUUCUUGGAUUCUAGUUACAUGCCGAUGCUUGACUUAUUUGUCUUUCUCAACCGCAUUAAAUGAUCAUUGAGUAUUUUGUACAAAUAUCUAUAAUAAAUUUUUAUGUAAAAUAAUAUUACAACU